CAAUUGUUGCGUGCGUGCCCUUCAGGAGACCAGCCAAAUCCCUAAGGAGCUUGCACCUUCGUAAUCCUCAGUCAUGGUUGUUAUCUCGCGUUUCAGAUCCCUCUGGGGCAUUGAUCCCGGUCCGGAGCAGUCGGAAUGGAGAAAGAAGUUGGUUGAGUUCAAGGCUCACGGCUACGCUGGAAUCGAGAUUGAUUUUGCUUUUAUGACACCCGAGGAACUGCAGCUUCUCCGCAAGAACUGUGAUGAGGUGGGCCUGGAAAUUAGCAUUCUCCUCUUCUCCGCAUGGCCAAAAUAUGUCGGCCCCCGCCCUCGUGGCUUGACCCCAGAUGCUCACCUCGAGUUCUACCGAGGACAACUUCGCCUAGCGACCAUCUUGAAGCCAGUGGUUAUCAAUGCACAAUCCGGAGCAGACUACUGGAGCUUUGAUGAAUCUGUCUACUUCUACCAAAGAGCACUUCAGGUAGAAAAGGAAGAGGGUUUCGAGGGCAUAGUCUGCCACGAAACGCACCGAAACAGAUCUCUCUUCAACCCUUAUUCGGCCGACUACAUUCUACAGAGAGUUCCAGAGUUACGUAUCACUGCCGACAUCUCACAUUGGGUGGUCGUCUGCGAAAGACUCCUAGAUCAAGGCGAAGAAGACCGUGAGAUCCUCGACCGUGUGAUCCCACGUGUCGGCCAUAUCCAUGCACGUAUGGGAACACAGCAGUCGUCACAGUGCCCAGAGCCUCUAAACCCUGCAUUUGCUCCCGAGCGGCAAUUCUUUGAGGAACUGUGGCUCCGAAUCGUCAAAUCAAGACAGCAAAGAGAUCCUAACUGCCGGAUCACAUGGGUUCCGGAGUACGGUCCAUUCCCAUAUCAUCCAAUCGGAACUGCUCACACCUACGAGGAGCUGGCGGACAGUGAAGGGAAACGACUGCAAGCGCUGUUUGAGUCGGCUGUUGCGCAGUCAUAG